UAAAAGUCUAUGGUCUACUGUAAUCUGUGGUGUUGAUGGUGUGUUAAAAUUUUUAUUUUAUUGGUGAAAAUGUUGGCUUUGGCUACCAUAUUUUUUCUAUUUGUGUGACACGAAGCCGUUUUCAUUACUAAAUAAAAUAUUCCAGCGGACCAAAAUUACAACCAUUUUAGUCGUAUCUGGGCUAGUUGCCACUAAGAAGUAAUCAUGGCCGACCCGUUGAGUUUACUUCGGCAGUAUAAUGUAAAUAAAAAAGAAAUUGUUGAACGGGACAAUCAAAUUAUAUUCGGCGAAUUUUCAUGGCCCAAAAAUGUUAAGACCAACUAUCUCAUGUGGGGCUCCGGCAAAGAAGGCGGUCUCAAAGAAUAUUAUACAUUGGAAUGUUUACUGUUUAUACUUAAAAACAUACACUUAACUCAUCCAGUGUAUGUCAGACAGGCAGCAGCUGCAAACAUUCCGGCUGUCCGUCGCCCGGAUCGUAAAGAACUAUUGGCGUAUUUGAAUGGCGAAACUGCCACUUGUGCCUCUAUUGACAAAAGUGCUCCAUUAGAAAUACCCACACAGGUAAAACGUACACAUGAUCAAGAUGGAGGUGAAUCUGCAGCAAAAAAACCUCGUAUUGAGGAGACUCAUGUACAAAAAGUGCGUGAACAACUUGCUGCUCGACUCGAUGCACCAAAGGAAGCAUCUGUCACUGUGGAUAAUAUUAAGUCAUUGUCAGAGGCUAUGUCAGUCGAGAAGAUUGCUGCAAUUAAAGCCAAGCGUCUGGCAAAAAAAAGAACCACUAUCAAAAGUAAUGAUUAUUCAGACACAUUGGGUGUCGUGGGAUCUGACUUAAGAGCAAUAUUGGACUAUGAUGUGGAUCUUACUAAAGAUAUUAUCAGCCGAGAGAGACAGUGGAGAACCAGGACUACAGUAUUACAAAGUAAUGGAAAAAUGUUUGCCAAGAGCAUAUUAGCUCUUCUAGGCAGUAUUAGAGCAAGGGAGGAGGGCAGGCCAGGCUUGCCAAGACCUCAGCCCAUAGUUAUGCCACAACCCACCGUUUUACCAGCACAACAGACACAAUACAACAGAUAUGACCAGGAAAGAUUUAUUAGACAGAAAGAAGAAACGGAGGGCUUCAAAAUCGACACUAUGGGCACAUAUCACGGCAUGACACUUAAGUCAGUGACAGAGGGGCCAAGCGUGCCGGUAGCCGCCCGGGCUCCACAGACACCAAAUCAUCCACGACAAAUGCCACAGAGCGGCCCCGUGCCGGGCACGCCGGGGCGGCGCGAGCUGCUGCCGGUGGCGGCGGCGCGCCUGCCGGCCGGCGGCAAGCGGCCCUCGCGCACGCCCAUCAUCAUCAUCCCCGCCGCCGCCACCUCGCUCAUAUCCAUGUACAACGUCAAGGACAUGCUGCAAGAUCUUAAGUUUGUUACCGUCGAACAGAAGAAAUCCGAAGGCACAGUUCGCGAGAAUGAAGUAUUAUUGCAAAGAAGAAAAGGCGCCUCUGGUGACCACGUGCCAAAUAAUUCGUCAACUAUUACAGUACCUUACCGUGUAGUAGACAACCCCGGUAGAUUAUCCGCAGCUGAAUGGGAUCGCGUAGUCGCAGUAUUUGUUCAAGGACCCGCUUGGCAAUUCAAAGGAUGGCCAUGGGACGGAAAUCCAGUACAAAUCUUUGCUAACAUAUGUGCUUUCCAUCUAAAAUUCGACGAGAUGAAGCUGGACGCGAACGUGGCGCGCUGGGCGGUCACCGUCCUCAACCUGAGUCGCACCAAGCGGCAUCUCGACCGCGCUGUACUACUCGGCUUCUGGGAAACACUCGACAAACAUAUGAUGAAGAAUAAGCCGCAUCUUAGGUUUUAAGUUUGUUCUAGUUGCUAUAUUAUAUAGAUUUAUUAUACAUAGUAUGUUAUAGACUCCUCAUUAAUAUCAGAAUGCCUUCAUAUUGAGUAUAAAACACACACUUCAUACCAUUUAAGAAUUUGGCAUACCUACUACAGAAUGUGUAUCUAUAUAUCUAUUUAUGUACAGAAUCCCGAUCUUUAAAAUCCAGCAGGGUAGUAAAAAUCUUAAUUGAAAAUGAUGAUAAUUUAAAUAUAGUUUUUCGGAUGACAUAAUAAAUGUCUUAAUCGUAAGUAGGGAUCAUCCGCGGCGGAAAUUGAUAACGAUCUCGAUCGAUAUCUUAGGAUUUGUCGCGGUAAAUAGAUCAGAAUCAAGUUUGAUUUCAACAUAUAUCUAUAUAUCACUAGUUUGUUUCCACGAUGGAUUUGGACAUGGCCAACGAAAAAUCUAUUUUUAAUUUUGUGGAAGAGGACCCAGCUGGAAUUUAAUGCUCGUGAGAUUAUAUUAUGUAUCUAUAUUUUAAAACAGACUGAUUGCUUAGGGAAUAGUAGAUAAUAAAUAUAAUACAAUAAAGGAUUAUACUGUGUUCAUUCAUUCUCGAAUAAGAAAAGAAAUAUGUAAUUGAAAAUUGGUAAAUAAAUUUAUAGAUUUUAUAUAUUUGACAAUUCGUAUUAGGAUAUUAUAACACAAGAAGUAAUGAUUUCUGGAUAGCUGUAAUUAUUCAUUAAAAGUUGAAUAAUAUUUAACGUUAUUAGGUACAAAAUAUAUCCUUGCUGUUUAAUGUACCAUGUCAGGAUUAGUUGCUCAUUUACUGCUUGUAUUUAUAUUGGAAAUAGAGCUUUUAAAUACUUGUGAACAUCA